AUAGGAUUUAUGGCUACACAAACCGUUGAGGAUAGUUCUAGAUCUGGUCCAAGACGAACUAUUAUAGGGGAUUUAUUGAAACCAUUGAAUUCGGAAUAUGGUAAAGUAGCUCCCGGUUGGGGAACUACUCCUUUGAUGGGUAUCGCAAUGGCUCUAUUUGCGAUAUUCCUAUCUAUUAUUUUGGAGAUUUAUAAUUCUUCCAUUUUACUGGACGGAAUUUCAAUGAAUUAG